CCUCCCCCCAUUCCCAUUUCACCAUCUUCUGUCUCUUUCUAGAGAGAGAGAGAAGCUGAGAGAGUUCUGAACUCUGAACUCUGUCUGACCCAUUCCCAUUCAUUCACUCCCAAUGCCGUCGGAAUCAGCCAACAGAAGCAGUAGGCCCCAACACAGCAUGGCCUUCCCUCCCCCGCCCCAAUCCGACCCUCUCCCCUGCCCUCGCUGCGACUCCCUCAACACCAAGUUCUGUUACUACAACAACUACAACCUCUCCCAGCCCCGCCACUUCUGCAAGUCCUGCCGCCGCUACUGGACCCACGGUGGCACUCUCCGCGACGUCCCCGUCGGAGGCGGCUCCCGCAAGAACUCCAAGCGCUCUCGCUAUCACAACAUCAACAACACCAACACUUCCUCCUCUGUAUCUGUCUCUGUCUCCUCCACCUCUGUUUCAUCUUCCACCUCUGCUUCCUCCUCCUCUGCUUCUCUUCUCCCCGCUCCCACCCUCAACAAUGACAUCAAUGUCGUUGAUGUUAAUCUCAACGACACCAUGCCCGCCCCUGGCUCCUUCACUUCUUUGCUCAGCUCCCAAGCCUCCGGAUUCCUGGCUCUUGGCGGAUACGCCUCCGCCUCCGGGUCGGGUCAUGCCCCUGCAACUUUCGACGAUAUGGGGUUCGCUCUUGGCAGGGGAUUGUGGGGUACUACGACUUGCACUUACCCUGAAGUUGGGGAUCUCGUCGGAAGCUACUCCGCCGCUGUGGCUCCGGAGACGUCUUCUUACAACACGUGGCAAAUGAAUGCCAGCGACGGCGGCAACGGCGGAGUUGUCGACGGUGAUUUGCUGGGUUGGCCAGACCUUGCCAUUUCCAUGCAAGGCAAGAGCUUGAAGUAAUAUAGUAUAACGACACACAACAACAACAACAAUUUCAAUGCUUUGCGUCGUGUUCCAAAAUCAAAUGCUCUCUAAUUUCCAUCAUUUUUUCUGUUUCUUUCUUCUUAGUGGCUUUCUGGAUCUUACCUUCCUUAUUCAAUUUCUGGGUUUUUCUUAUUUUCUGCCGGUAAAUGUUUGUUGGGUAUAGAUAGUACAAUAUAGACUGAUAGGAUACAGCCAAAAAGACGAAGACUUGGUCUGAUAUUGAGAGCAUAGGCCUUAUGGGUGGAACGGUGUCUCUGUCAUUAUUAGGCCGCCUUUUUUUUUUCUUUCCUUUUUCUUGGGGUUUUGUCAACUAUGUCUGAAGGAACAGAG